GUCAUUAUACAAAAUGGCGUACCACCGCGGACGAUAGGUGUUUUAUCGGCAGUUCUGAACAGUUUUAUGGUAGUAGUGUGUAGGCUAGUAGUAAUGAGUGGUGUGUAGAUAGGCGGGAAGACGGUCAGCGGGAGUUCUGUGAGGAGAAAACCGACUGAAGAGCGGCCGUUGCCGACUUCUGUCCUGCGCCUUUCACGCUGAGAUGGGCUUAUUCUGAAUCCAUCUGAUCUAUGCACUUAUCGAUUUACAGAUUUUGUUUUUCGUCUACGUAUAAAACUAGAGUUUGACUACCUCUGUGUGUCUGGAGAUUUUUGAGCUACUCUUCCAUUUAUAGCCCACCGCACAACACUCGUCACUCCGCCACACACACACACACAUCAAUCUCUGAACUGGUCCUUCACGACAAUUCCGUUGUUCACAGCAUCAGCGCCAAAUUCAUCCGUUUUGCCAUCGCAUAUCCGUCGGUACUUCUGACCUUUUUGCGUCGGCUACACGCACACCAAAGGUCUGGUACGCACAGACAGACACAGCAGAUCAGUGUCACAACUCAACCGUUCAACAGUAAACUCUCUCUUCGUCUCUCGUUCAUCCAAAGGAAAAGGCGUCUUGAAACGCACUCUUUCCGAAUAACACUUCACCUGUCCUUGCCGCUCAUCGGCUGACCUUUUCACGCAGUUGUGGUUCCUAUCCUGUGCCUCCAUUCUCCUCUUCCUUGACGAAUUUCGUACACACACGCAUACGUAUUCGUGUACAAGUGUCAGUUUAACACACACGCAAGUGGAAAGGUAGUCAGUUGUUGUCUGGUGUGGCCGUGACGAGUGAUGGAAGGUGCAGCCAUUUUGUCUUCGCUGGCAGCGGCACAGUCUCCACCUCGUGCGGUGGGGGAAGUGGUUGGGAUUACUGCCAGCGUCCCUCCUGACCUACCCUCCACCGACCCCAGUUCUCAGAGGAAAAUAACCCUUUUAACUCGGCCACCUGCGCCGUCCGUAGCAAACAGUGUGGCUUCGUCCAGCAACCCCACUGUGGCUUCAAUCAUCAGCGCCGGAGAGGCAAACCCUCUCAUCAGUGAUCUUCCGAGAAGUGGUGGCAGUGGUGGUCCUUUGCCGGAGAUACUUUCUACUCCAGGGAGGGCUGCCAGGAAUGAUUACUACGACACAGAAGAUCCGUCUGUCAAUCUUCACGAGUUUAUCGUCAACUCCCUUCAGGCCCAGAAAAACAGAGUUGUUCUACUAAAGUUGGAAGAAGAGUUCUUGACUUAUGUCACUGAUCCUAAAAGGGCUGACCCGCUGAAGCUGCCACCCUGGGACUCUUACCAUCGGAUGCUGGCCCACAGAGUGGCUGCCUACUUUGGCCUGGAGCAUAACGUUGACCCAGUGGACAAGUCGUGCGUGGUUGUCUGCAAAGGCCCCCAGACCAGGGUACCCCUUCACCGGUUCUCAGAUUUCCUGAGCGUGGAUCCAGACUCAGACGCUGCCGAGCCCAAACUCAUCCUCAAGAGAUCGCCCCGGGAAACCGUCAUGCCACUUCACAAGUCGUUUGAGGCUCUCGCGGAUCUCCCGUUGGACGUGAAAAGUUUCGAAGAGCGAGAGGAGGAGUACGAGAAGACGAGGGCCCGGAUAUUCAGCCAGCAGCCUCUGCAGGGGAGCCGUUCCAACAUUGCCUUUGACCUUGCCAACGCACCACAAAGACCUAGAUCCAGUCUCCUGCCAGCCAUCAUGCAGCAUCGUCGGACGGUCAGCGAUACUCUCCUAUUUCGUCGUCGCUCAGUCCUGGAGGAGUUAAAGAAGGAUGGCCCGAGCAGCAGUCACAGCAGCCGGAGUGCCACGCCCCUUAUCGCACUCCUCCAGCCGUCUGCCGCACUCCUCCAGUCGUCUGCCGCACUCCUCCAGUCGUCUGCCGCGGGGGAGGGAGGGAUAGUGGGACAGUCUAUAGUCGGACAGCCGACGGGGUCAAAGGUCACUCCGCAACACAGUCCCCAGCAACAGAAGAUAUCGCCACGAGAGUUGCCCAGUUCCCAGACACAGGUGAUAAAUCAGCAACACGCCCCGAUGCGACCGCAGUCGAAAUUCCCUCGCCAGAGACCGUCAAAUGUCCCCUCGUUUCAGUUUCAGCCGCUCGCCAGUCGAGGCGUCCCCAUGUUCUACCCCCAGCAGACGGCCAUCAUGGCAGACCCCAGUUGGUACUACAACAACAUGCUGCUCUAUCAGGUGUCGCCACAGCAGUUCAUCCCAGCCGCAGCGGCAGGAGGCGGAGCCAUGCCCUACGGUCAGGUGAUCCAGCCCGCCAUGUUCCCCAUGACACCCCAACAGUACCCCAUCUCCCCCGGAGUCACCACAUCCCCCAUUAUCUCUCCCCCGAUCUCGACAAGGCCCGGCGGUUUCCCGCUCCACCUGCCGAUGAUGUCGCCGGGCGGGGCGGUCGCCGAGGGAACCAUUCCACCAUCUCCACCCCACCACUUCACAGCCUCGGGCGGAGUCACCCUAGUACGUCCCAUUGCCCAGGUGGCCACGCCCACUAGGGGAUCGUUCAAGUUUGACGGAUCGCCAACUUCUGCGCUCGUUCAGCCUGGAGCUUACUCUAUCGGACAACCUGUGGGCGGAGCCAUGUUUGCCGCAGGGGGCGGAGCCACGCAACAGGGCCGGCCACUCAUUGCCGGGGGCAACACUGGUGGGCAACUGGCUGAGCACAUGGAGCAGUUGUCUUUGGAGGCCAGACGAAGGGAGGGAGGAGGAGAGAUGGCUCUUGGUCAAAUAGGCGAGGGAAAGAAGCCAUUUCCAGGUCACGAACUUGGCAGAAACGGGAAAUCUGGACUGGUUGUGAACGGGUCGUUCCCGUCUGGUUACGCGAUGAUGUCUGCGAUCGAGGCAGGCCAGAUUAUGAGUCCGACGCAGGUCCACCCCUCGGCGCCACUCCAAUUUCUCCCCGCCCAUCUCCAACACGCUCACAUGAUCCCCGGGUCCCCUCAGGAGGCUGCACUCAUGAGCCCACAGCACGUCCCCCCAGGAACUCCGGGGGGCGUAGUUCAUUUCCCGGGCGGCAUCCCCUCCCAAAGUCCCAGCGGACCGACGACCCCACCAAUCGGUCACAUGGGGUUCGCAGCCCCCCUCCCCGCUGGAAUGCUAUCGACUCAACAACAGAGUAUUUUUUCUCCUCCCAGUACCGGCGGAGUUACCCACUCCCCGGUCCAAAUUCUUGGGCACACCCUCGGAACGAGUCUUUUCUCUCCACCCCCCUCGAGCUCCGCCCACCCGGGAAUGUUCGUUAAUUCUCCAACGACGGGGGCGAAAGUAAUCGGGUACCCCGCUGGUUCCCCAGCUGCCCCCCACGCUCCGGUGGGAUCCGGUCUGAGAUUUAAACGGUACGAGUCUCCGAAACAGGGGAACGAGGGGGCCCCUCUAUCUCACGCCCAAUCAACAAAUUCGGGUUUGUCUCAAGUGCAGUUUAUAUCUGAGAGCCCAAUGCCUCAGGCACCUCCACUACAACAAUCACAGCAACAGCCGCACAAAGGGAAUAACGGAGUUAACGGUGGGAGCGCUGCCGCGAUAUCCGGUUCGUCUGGUUUCCAGCCGGUUCAGCUGCCUCCGCGACUGGCCAGCCAGCAGCAGGGGGGAGCAGCUGGCCUGCCUCAGAGGAACGCUGGGACGAGAUACCAGAACCAGAGACAUCCAGCCAACAGAAGCUCUCAGGGUGGAAAGGGUGGAGGAGGGAAUGGAAACGGAGGAGGUGGAGGGUUGAUCGGUGAGCCGGGACAGUACCUGCAGCUAUCUGCGAAGAAGGAGCCUCUGCUGCCCACACCUCCCAAUACCCAGAUGGUCAAACUGGACACCACUCUCACAUGUGGUGUUCCACUACACGUGAUGGAGAUAGUGAGUCUGCCACCUGAUGGAACUCCAGAGCGACAACAAGCUUUUCAGAUGCUGAGAGAGUUGGGAGCCCUAGACAUAAAGGGGGGCAGAAUCAACAAAACGGGCGAAGAAGUACUAAUCGCGUCGUUCCCGUCUCCCGAACUCGCCAUCAAAGCCCUUCAGAUGCAUAACAUGCCGUUCACUCUCUCCAUCCCGCGAAGUAAUCACGCGAAAUUCAUUCUCUCCCUCAUUCAGCCUCAGUCCAUUCAGUAGAACACCUCCUCUGUGUGCAGGAGGAGGAACCCACACAUCAGAUCCACUUUCGUCCGUCCGUCCGUCCGGCCCUCUUCCCCCUCUCCCGUUUCAGAUUAGAUCGUUAUCUAAACUGGUCCCAUAUUUUUUUAUAUACCUCAAUAAAAUACGCAUGCACGCGUAAUACACACACACACACGUGCAGUCUCUCUGCGUAAUCGUUUCCCCCAAAAGAGUGCACAAUUGUAUAGUUUAAUUUUAGUCGAUGUGUAAAGUUUUAGUUCUAUUGUUUCGAGAUAAACUUGUGUGUACUGUCUCCCAUUCAUUUGCUCUGUACAGUAUAUUUUAAUGAUGUCACACAACAUUCACAGUUGAAAGUUUGCAAGCAGGUUGACGCUAGGACGGUUAAAUCGUCCAUCAUUAUGCACACAAAAGACAGUUUCUUUUCAAUCGAUUCAGCUACACGGAAAGUUUGUGUCACAUUGUAUAAUAUGUGUCCUAUAUAGGUGGUGCAGUAAUAUUAACGAUGUCAUAGCAUUCACAGAAUGAUGUCACAUUCACAGUUGAAAGUUUGCAAGCAAGUACACGGAAAGUUGGUGUCACAUUGUAUGUGUCCU